AUGUUCGUGCUUUCAAAGCUUGAAGCGGACGUGCGCGUGAGCCCUCAGGAUCUGAUCAAGCCCCCGCUCACAGCCGUAACAGAGGUGCUCGAGAAGGACUACUUAGACAGGGUUAUCCCCGAACUUGGCCUGGUGGUGACCAUUUACGACGUGCUGAGCGUGGAGGGCGGCCACAUUUACCCAAACGACGGCGCCGCCUACUUCAGGGUGGUGUUUCGCCUCGUGGUGUUCCGGCCGUUCGCCGGGGAGGUGCUUGUCGGUAAAAUCGUCUCAUGCAGCAAGAAGGGCGUACGUGUGGGCAUUGAAUUCUUUGACGACAUCCACGUGCCAGACUACGCGCUGCAGGACCCCAGCCUAUUCGAUUCCAGUGAAGGCCUGUGGCGGUGGGCCUACGAGGGCAAUGACAUGUUCAUGGACCUGCAGGCCGCCCCAACCUCCAGCGCCUCGUCCUGCCCCGCCUGGUGCCCCGCGCUGCGCACCUGGCGCUUUUGCCUUGUUUGGACCCCCACAAGCGACGAGCCGGCGCUGGGCACCGCCGGGCGGCCGUACUGCCCGAUGGAGGUCACCGGUGACAUGUGCGGUGACGGCCUGGGGCUGACCAGCUGGUGGGAAGCAGCGGCGGAGGACGGCGCGGAGGAAAUGGAUGACGGCGAGGGGUGA